AUGCGACGUUUCUCCACGCGUGCGCUGCUUCAUUCAAAAGCAAAGCCACCGCUUCUAUCCGCCAGAUCCCCCUCCUUCCUCCCGCUCUUUCAUUCCGCCCCUCGGUCUGCGACAUUUCCAAGACAUACUCGCCUCCGUUCUACCCCUCUUGCCCAAACAUCCAAAAGAUACUGUUCAUACCGCAGAAUGUGUCACUCUCGCCGUGACGAGGUCUCCGGUUCGACCAAUGUCCAGGGUCGUGAGGUCCUGCCCACCAACGUCAAGCCGGUGCACUAUGAUUUGACUCUCGAGCCCAAUUUCGAGAAGUUCACCUACGAAGGAUCCGUCCUGAUUGACCUCAAGGUCAACGAAGAUACCGACUUCAUCUCCCUCAACUCCAAUGAGAUCAAGAUUCACAGCGCAACCGUUUUGUCCAAGGGUGCCGUGAUCGAAUCGAACCCCGAGAUCUCCAUGAACAAAGAUGCUCAGACCGCAACCAUCAAGUUCAACCAGGCCCUCUCUGCGGGGUCUGAUGCCCAGCUGAAGCUCACCUUCACUGGUAUCCUGAACGAUAACAUGGCCGGUUUCUACCGUUCCUCAUACAAGCAUAAUGGAGAGACCAAGUAUAUUGCUACCUCCCAGAUGGAGCCCACAGACGCUCGCCGCGCCUUCCCUUGCUUUGAUGAGCCCGCUCUCAAGGCCAAGUUCACCGUGACUCUCAUUGCUGACAAGAGCAUGACCUGUCUGAGCAACAUGGAUGUUGCCUCCGAGACUGAUAUUGAGGGUGGCAAGAAGACUGUCAAGUUCAACACCUCACCUGAAAUGUCGACCUACCUGAUUGCCUUCAUCGUGGGUCACCUUAACUACGUUGAGACCAACAACUUCCGAGUGCCCGUUCGCGUCUACGCCACUCCCGACCAGGAUAUUGAACACGGUCGUUUCUCCCUGGAGCUCGCCGCUAAGACCCUUGCUUUCUACGAGAAGGCCUUUGACAAUGAUUUCCCCUUGCCCAAGAUGGACAUGGUUGCAGUGCCCGACUUCAGCGCUGGAGCUAUGGAGAACUGGGGUUUGAUCACCUACCGUAUUGUCGAUGUGCUGUUGGACGAGAAGAACGCCGGUGCUUCACGAAAGGAGCGCAUUGCCGAGACCGUUCAGCACGAAUUGGCUCACCAAUGGUUUGGUAACUUGGUCACCAUGGACUUCUGGGAUGGCCUGUGGUUGAACGAGGGUUUCGCGACCUGGAUGUCGUGGUACUCGUGCAACGUCUUCUACCCCGAAUGGAAGGUGUGGCAGUCUUAUGUCAUUGACAACCUCCAAGGUGCCCUCUCACUUGACUCGCUGCGUAGCAGUCAUCCCAUUGAGGUUCCCGUCAAGCGUGCCGAUGAGAUCAACCAGAUUUUCGAUGCCAUUUCAUACUCCAAGGGUUCUUCCGUGCUGCGCAUGAUCUCCAAGUACCUGGGAGAGGAUGUGUUCUUGCAGGGUGUCCGUGACUACAUCCACAAGCAUGCCUACGGUAACACCGAGACCGGUGAUCUGUGGGCUGCCCUGGCCAACGCCAGUGGCAAGCCCGUCCAAGAGGUUAUGGAUAUCUGGACCAAGAACGUUGGUUUCCCCGUCAUUAGCGUGACCGAGAACCCUGAAAACUCUACAAUCAGCUUGAAGCAGAACCGCUUCUUGCGCACUGGUGACGUCCGCCCCGAGGAGGACAAGGUUCUUUACCCUUGCAUGCUCGGCCUCCGCACCAAGGACUCUAUCGAUGAAACCACCAUGUUGACCGAGCGUGAGGGCGAAUUCAAGGUUCCUGAUCUGGACUUCUUCAAGCUUAAUGCCGAUCACUCCGCCAUCUACCGCACCGCCUACUCCCCCGAGCGCCUGCGCAAGCUGGGUCAGGCUGCCCGUGAUGGCCUCCUGACCGUUGAGGACCGUGCUGGUAUGAUUGCCGACUCCGGUGCUCUGUCUUCUUCUGGUUUCCAGAAGACCUCCGGUCUGCUGUCGCUCCUCCAGGGUCUCGACACCGAGUCCGAAUUUGUGGUUUGGACUGAGAUGCUCUCUCGCAUUGGUACUCUGCGUGGCGCCUGGUUCUUCGAGGAUGCCAAGACCAAGGAUGCGCUCAAGGCCUUCCAGCGUUCGCUCGUCGCCGAAAAGGCUCACGAGCUGGGCUGGGAGUUCUCCGAGGGUGAUGACCACAUCCUGCAGCAAUUCAAGGCUCUCAUGUUCGGUGCUGCUGGUAUGGCUGAUGACCCGAUUGUUGUCAAGGCUGCCCAGGACAUGUUUGCCCGCUUUGCCGCUGGCGACAUUUCUGCCAUUCACCCCAACAUUCGCGGCAGCGUCUUCACUAUCGUUCUGAAGAACGGCGGCGUCAAGGAGUACGAGGUCGUGUUGGACCGCUUCCGCCAUGCCCCUACCUCCGACGAGAAGACCACUGCUCUGCGUUGCCUGGGUUCCUCCGAGGACCCCGCCCUCAUUGAGCGCACUCUCGCCCUUGCCAUGGGUGACGAGGUCAAGAACCAGGAUAUUUACAUGCCCCUGGGUGGCCUCCGUGGCUCCAUUGCCGGUAUUGAGGCUCGUUGGGCUUGGCUCCAGAAGAACUGGGACGCUAUCUACCAGCGUCUGCCCCCCUCUCUCGGUAUGCUGGGAAAUGUGGUGCAGUUGACCACUACCUCCUUCUCCACCGAGGCUCAGCUCAAGGAGGUCCAGGCCUUCUUCGAAUCGAAGGACACUAAGGGCUACGAUCGUGCCGUUGAACAGAGCCUUGACGCCAUUCGUGCCAAGGUUAACUGGAUCCAGCGCGACGGUGAAGAUGUUGAGUCCUGGCUGGGCAAGAACCAGUACCUGCAGAGCAAGCUGUAA